AUGAUACGGCCUGAAAUACAUGAACGAACCGAAAAUACGAUUCUGAAUUCAUCAUGUGUUGAUGAAGAUAGUGAUGCUGCUGGUGAUAUAAAGUCAUUUUUCUUCGAAUCAAAGGAUGAUUUACCACCGUUUUCUGGUAGCGAUUCGAGAUUAGAUGAACAUCAUAUUUUAAAUGAACCGUUUGCUGUAGUUACUGAUUCGGCAACAAAUCGUGAAAAUAGUCAAGUAUUGGAAGGUACGAGACAAGCAAAAGCCUCAUCGUUAACACCAUUGAAUCUUUAA